AUGUCACUGCUGCAGGCUUCUUUUGCUUCAGACACCGAAUCAGAUGAUGAAGAGUUUCAGGCUGCGGAGGCUCAAGGCAGCAGCGAAUCUGAAGAAGCUGACGAUGCUGCUGCUGCUGCUGCAGACAGCAGCAGCAGCAGCAGCAGCAGCAAAGGAGACGCUGCAGCAGAAGCAAGUUCCGCUGACGCAGAGGCUGCAGCAGCAGCAGAACAGGAGGCACGAUGCGGCAGGAAGAAGUGGAAGCUUGAUAUGAAGCAGAGCAAACGGAAGCAGAAACGUCUGGCGCAGCAGCAGCAGCGAGCAGCAGCAGACGCGGCGUAUGCGGAGCUGCUGCAGCAGCACAAAGAAGCAAUCAAGCAGUACCCUGCCUCUGUAGGCCGUUGA